GACAUAUUUUGAAUGAAUUGACAAUCGCGCAGCAAUUUCUUUAAUUACAGUUAUGCAUACGAACGUUAAUAAAUCGUCUAUGUCUCGCUUUGAACGAUUCCGCUCGUCCUUGAUUAAAUGUACUCAAUUAUAGACUUAAGAUUAAUCGCAGCAACAACAUUUUCUUCGAGUCUUAUUUGAAUCAACAGACGCUUUAGCUAAACUAAAAAAAAAUUAUCCACGCAAUUACACUACUUAAUUAUUUCUAAUUUUAUAUCUGUUUAAUUGUUUUUAGAGUUUUACGCCUGACGGAUGCGGACUUUUCAUAAAUGUUGGUAUUCGAAAGAACCUUAUAAGAUUUAGAAAAUGAUAAAAAUUAAUAAACAUGUUAUCAGGCAUGAUUUAUAAAACGCUUGGAUUUGUGAUCGACGAGUAAUAUCGAAGACAUAACUUUUAUACGAAUAGCGUUCGCACUCGCAGCUAAUUAUGAUGAAAAGGUGUUGCUCGUGCUCAUGCCUCUCCGGAUUUAGGGCCGUGUUCAGGCCCCAGCAAAUCCGUCCUAUCGAGAGACCGCGACCUCCUUCCACUUCCCAUGGGGAGGAUUUCGGCGUUCCAGUAUUGACAAUCCACAAUGUAGAUCCUUGCAUCGAAGAGAACGGCGACAAUCAUCGGACAUCCAGAUACGAGCUGAUGACCCGUCAGGAUGACGGAGCAAGACUCGUUGUUAGACGUGGUCAGGAAUUUUAUCUGCACCUCAGUCUAUCUCGGGACUAUAAUUCUUCUAUCGACGGCAUUUCUAUCGUUUUCACCCUGGACGACGUUCGGACGCCACAACAUGGACACGGGACACUGGUGGCGACCGCCCUGGUCCAUCCUGGAGAGAUUUCCGAAGCUGCCUGGCAGACCACCAUAGAUGGCAGAGGACCAAAUUUCUUGAGAAUAAAGGUUGUGACAUCCGCGAAUGCGAUUAUAGGCAGGUGGAAAAUGGAUAUCGACACCAAGAACAAGGAGUCGGAAGGUGCUGUCAGUUACACGAUGGAUCAUCCGUUUUACUUGAUCUGCAAUCCAUGGUGCAAAGACGACACGGUGUACCUGGACGGCGAAGCUGAACGUCAGGAGUACGUAUUGGCAGAGGACGGUUUAAUCUGGCGCGGCAGUCACAAUCGCUUGCGGCCCAGCGUGUGGAAGUACGCGCAAUUCGAACGAGACAUUUUGGACUGCGCCCUGCACCUGAUGAACCAGGUCGGCAAGGUCCGCGCCUCCGGCAGGAACGACCCGGUCAUCAUAACGCGCUGUCUAUCCGCCGCGGUAAACUCCCCGGAUGAUAACGGGGCGGUGAUGGGAAAUUGGUCGGACGAUUACGGGGGCGGCACACCUCCUACGAGGUGGAUGGGCUCGCAGAAAAUACUCCAGCAGUAUUACAAGACGAAGAAACCGGUCAAGUACGGACAGUGCUGGGUCUUCUCCGGUGUGCUCGCGACGAUCUGUCGCACUCUCGGUAUACCCUGUCGAGUGGUGACCAACUAUUCGAGCGCGCACGAUACUCAGAGCAGCCUGACCGUGGACUACUUCGUGAACGCGGAAGGGAAGAUCAUGGAAGAGCUCAACAGCGAUUCCAUAUGGAAUUUCCACGUGUGGAACGAGGUGUGGAUGACACGAUUAGAUUUGUCGCCGGAUUGCUCGGGAUGGCAGGUAAUCGAUGCGACUCCUCAGGAACUGAGCGAAGGCGCGUAUCGCUGCGGUCCGGCAUCGGUGGCCGCCGUGAAGAAGGGGGAAGUUCUGCGUCCCUACGACAACGCGUUCCUCUUCGCCGAGGUCAACGCCGACAAAGUCUACUGGCGUUACAACGGGCCCACGCAGCCGUUGAAAUUAGUUCGCAAGGAUAUGUACGGCAUCGGCCAGCUGAUCAGCACAAAAGCGGUUGGGAGAUGGACAAGGGAGGACAUUACGCACACUUACAAGUAUCCAGAAAAGUCUGAUGACGAACGUGGUGCCAUGCUGAAGGCGCUGCGCCAGAGCGAGUCUUUAUUUAGCCGUUAUUAUCUCAACGAGGAGUUCAACGACGUCAUGUUCACCUUCGAACUGCGCGAUGACAUCAUUAUCGGGCAGCCAUUCAGCGUCGUUUUACUAAUAAAAAAUCGGAAUUCAACGAUGGAAUACCGUGUGUCUGUAAUUCUGAGGGUGGAAACUGUACUGUACACCGGCCGAGUAGGCGAUCCGGUGAAGAGAUUGCACAUUGACAGGCUAGUCCGACCAGGGGUGCUCGAGGAAAUUCGUAUGGACGUUUCUUGGGAGGAGUACGGUCCGAGAUUGUUGGAUCAAUGCGCUUUUAACAUCGCCUGUCUCGCCACCGUGAAGGACACAAACUUCGAGUACUUCGCGCAGGACGACUUCCGCGUUAGGAAACCCGACAUUAAAAUCAUGUUACAUAACGACGCAGUCGUCGGUCAGACUCUCCACGCUUCAGCUAAGUUUCGCAAUCCGCUGCCGAUUCCUUUGAGGAAGGGUAGGUUCCUUAUCGAAGGGCCCGGUCUGGAUGAGCAAUUGAAGUUGAAGCUAUCAGAACCUGUCGAGGUGGAUGCAGACGCGGAAUGUAGUUUCUCCAUGAUGCCAAAGUUAGAAGGACGCGCCAGGAUAGCGGCGAAAUUUUAUUCGAGGGAAUUAGAGGAUGUCGAUGGGCAUUCGUACAAUUUUAUAGUCAAAUCGGCGAAAAUAAUUAAUUCUGAGUGAUCGCAAUAUUUUUUAUGAUACUUUAGUAAGUAAUGUCGCGUGUCGUUUUUUUAUAUCUUUAUUUUCAAUUUAUACUUACAUUUAGAUUUUUACAUUUAGUAAUAAUGUAUAAUAAUGUAAUAAUAAUUUUUUGUGAUGUAGGAACAGCACAGUUACCGUAAAAUCAUAAUUGUAAUUACGCAAUUACUGACUGCCAAAAAGAUUGAAAUUAAUUAUAAUAGUUUACACAAAGUUUUGAAGUUACAAAGAUAAUUUUUGAAAAUAAAUUAAGUUGAUCUUUUCUUGGAAGGAAAAGAAAAAAAACAUAAAAAUGUAUG